AUGCCUCAUUGUCAGAAGGCCGUACGGCCCUUGGCACGAUGCCUACAAAAUAGUCAAUCAUUGUAUGUUUCUGCGAGAUCAAUACGAACAUUUACGAGCUCCACGACCUUCAAUGCAGAAGUUGCGCCUCAGGAGCCUCAGGAAGCAGCCCCAUCUGGUCUCGACCCGGCAACUGUUGUACGGCCAGAAAAUGAGCGGAAGUUGAUGAGGCAGGGCAUCAUGCCUAUAGGGUCCAGACGUCGUCGUGCGGCACUGAAGAGUUCCUCGAAUAUCCCUUUCGAACAAUUACCAUAUCAAUGUUUCCAGGAAGCUCGAAAAGUCUUACAGGCGGAUCGAGAGUAUAAGUUAGAGAUGAUCGCGAAGGAGAGAUCAAGGAUCAAGAAUUUGGAGGCACAGGAUGUAUCGAUUAGUGGAGGAGAGAGGGAUAAACAGACCAGAUUGGAUAGUAUGAGGAGGUAUUUGGAGUGGCUGAAGAUUCAAGCGGAUAUCAAUGACCCUCUGAUCAAGAAGCGAUUUGAGGAUGGUGAAGGUGAUAUGAACAAACCAAUCUACCGCUACCUAGCAGACCGAAAAUGGCGCGAAUAUCAACACAAACUCAUUGUCCAACGUAUCGAGCAAUUUGCCAUCGUUCCCGACGUCCUUGCUCAUUUCGAGCCUACCGCCGGUGUCCGUCUCGCCUUCCAAAGCCGAAAGGUUCAACCGGGCGAUUAUGUGGAUUCUAGAAUCAGUGAAUUUCCCGCUAGAUUAAAGGUUCAGGUCUUCGACAAAGGGGAGAGACUCGUCAGUGUUGCGGUUGUGGAUGCCGAUGUCCCCAAUGUGGAGAAUGAUCACUUCAACACGCGAUGUCAUUAUCUCGCUGCCAAUAUUCCCAUCUCGCCAGUACAAGACUCAUUACCGCUAUCUAAGGUAGACAAGGAGAAGCAAUUGAUCCUCCCAUGGCUUCCCCCAUUCGCGCAAAAAGGAUCGCCAUAUCACCGAUACUCGAUAUUCGUAUUAGAGCAAAAUCCCGGGCAAAUUCUCGACGUGGCGCCACUGAAGGAGUUAUACCAGCGCGAUCGAUUCAACCUGAGAAGUUUCAAGGAUAGACAUGAUGUACAUCCUAUAGGAUUGGGACUCUUCAGAAGUCAGUGGGAUGAGGGUACCAAGGGAGUCAUGCAGAGAGCCGGAAUCGAGGGAUGGGACGUGGAGUUCAAGAGGACGAGAAUCCCAGCGCUGAAACCAAAACAGAAGGCGAGAGGUUGGGAGGCUCGUCAUGCUAGUGAUAAGUAUAAGCCUUUGAGGAGAUGA